GUUUUUGGCAGAAACCUUUUCCUAGUUGUAUUCCUUUAUUGUCACCAAAAAGAGGCGCGCGAAGGAUCUAAACGGGGUAUGAGCUCAACCGAUCCAAGAUUUCCUGAGCAAAUAGCAGAGGCCAUCCUGCAGGAUAUCGACCCUCGUUUAACCAUUAGUGAAGAGGGAAGCUCUACGUUUCACGAAUUCUUCUCGUUCUUGUUGCGGACCUUCGAAGAGCAUGGAUCCCAUGCCGCCGCCGGCUUUCAUGAAGCCUCCAUCCAAACUUCUUGUUCUAAGCUUAGUGAUUGA